AUGUCUUCCAUCUUCUGCUGCUCCAGCGUGCAGCCCUACAAGAACAAACGCCUCUCCCACGAGUCCAAAUUCACGGCCUUCAUGGCCCAGCCUUCCGAUGCCGCCCGACCAGCCUCAUCAUCGUACGCAGUCCAAGUCGUCAAACAAGUCAACUUCGGUCCUCUCGAGAGCAAGCGCUACUUUACCGCCAAUGACUCUGUGUCCGGGGAAGAUGGUUUCGUUGAGGUUGCUGAGCAGUGGCUCAUUGAUGGAAAUUUCCAGAAGCUGAACACCUUCAAGAAUUUCAAGUGUUCUGCCCACAACGAGUUCUUUGAAGUGAACGUUUACCAAAAGGAUCCUCUAAAUUCGCACCACUGGCGAUCAGAUGUGGCGCGACCAGCAUCGCAGAUUGACUUAUAAGUGGCACAGGUCGAUCACUUGUUCACCCGGGAAUAUCUCCCGAAGUCAUGAAGGGCGACGGUUACACUGUUUGGGAUAUGUUUGGUUCUCAUGACAUGAGAAGGCUUCGAAGACGUCUUCGUUUCCUAGCCCCUAUGACUGUUGCUCGUUGCGCAGUAAGGUCACGCAUUCUGGAAUCUCCUAUUAAUCAUUUCUGCCUCGUGGAUGGAGAGGUUUUUGCGUCC